AUGUCUUAAUGAAAAGAUGAUGCAGGGAUGAGUUUGGCACAGCUGAAGGUUCGCAUGGCAUGACAAUGUUUUGGAAACUGAUGCUGAAGGACACGAGGAGCACACAAGGUGAACUUCUCCAGCCUUGUGGAAUGAAGCUGGUGCAUCUCGGUGAAGCUGCUCUGGACAUUCUGAUGCAAGGGGCCCAUAACAGCACUGACGGUGCCCAAGACAAUGUGUGCGGAGCCAUGGCCACACUACUGCUGCUGUUACUCUGCCUGUUGCUGGCCAUCAGACAACAUCGGACAAAGAAAGACCAUGUGCCAGGUCCUUGUUUCUUCCUGGGUCUGGGUCCUCUUCUCUCUUACUGUCGGUUUAUUUGGUCUGGGAUUGGCACUGCCAGCAACUACUACAACAGCAAAUAUGGAGACAUUGUGCGGGUCUGGAUCAACGGUGAGGAAACUCUCAUCUUCAGCAGGUCAUCUGCUGUGUAUCAUGUGUUGAGGAGAUCUCUGUACACCUCACGCUUUGGGAGCAAACUGGGUCUGCAGUGUAUUGGGAUGCAUGAACAAGGCAUCAUAUUCAACUCAAAUGUGGAACUCUGGAAGAAAGUCCGCACCUUUUAUGCAAAAGCUCUAACAGGUCCAGGGCUUCAGAGAACUUUGGAGGUUUGCACCACUUCCACAAACACACACCUGGAUGAUCUGUCUCACCUGACAGAUGCUCAGGGACAGGUGGACAUCCUUAACUUACUGCGGUGCAUUGUAGUGGACAUUUCCAACAGACUGUUUCUAGGAGUCCCUCUCAAAGAGCAUGAUCUGCUUCAGAAGAUUCAUAAAUAUUUUGACACCUGGCAGACAGUAUUAAUCAAACCUGAUGUUUACUUCAGACUGGACUGGCUUCACAGGAAGCACAAGAGAGACGCUCAGACGUUGCAGGAUGCCAUUGCAGCUCUGAUCGAGGAGAAGAGAGUUCAGCUGACACAUGCAGAAAAACUCGACCAUCUCGACUUCACAGCAGAGCUGAUAUUUGCUCAGAGCCACGGGGAGUUGAGUGCUGAGAACGUCAGGCAGUGUGUGUUGGAGAUGUUGAUCGCGGCUCCAGACACUCUCUCCAUCAGUCUGUUCUUCAUGUUGCUGUUGCUCAAACAAAAUCCAGACGUGGAGUUAAAGAUCCUGCAGGAAAUGGACACUGUCUUAGCGGGUAGGAGCCUGCGGCACUCACAUCUGUCCAGGUUACACAUUCUGGAGAGUUUUAUCAACGAGUCGCUUCGGUUCCAUCCGGUCGUGGACUUCACCAUGCGCCGGGCGCUGGAUGAUGAUGUCAUCGAGGGCUACAAAGUGAAGAAAGGAACAAACAUCAUACUGAACGUGGGUCGGAUGCACAGAUCCGAAUUCUUCCCCAAACCGAAUCAGUUCAGUCUGGACAACUUCAAGAAAAAUGUGCCGAGUCGUUUCUUUCAGCCGUUCGGAUCAGGCCCGCGGUCGUGUGUGGGGAAGCACAUUGCUAUGGUGAUGAUGAAGUCUAUUCUUGUGACACUGUUGUCUCGUUUCUCUGUGUGUCCUGUGAAGGGCUGUACUGUAGACAGCGUCCCACAAACCAACAACCUUUCACAGCAGCCGGUGGAGGAGCCCUCGAGCCUCAGCGUGCAGCUCAUCCUCAGAAACUCUCUCUGAUUCACCACUAACAUAUCUGCUCCUGUGUCAUUAUUACCAUGUAUUUAUCUACUGCUUUAGUAGUCAGUUCUUUGGAUAUUUGUGUUUAAAUUUGUAUGUAAUUCAGUGUAAACGUAACUGUUGUUAUAAUAUUGUGGCUUUCUGUGGAU